AUGUCGCAGCCGCCAGUGGUAUAUGGUCGGCGCCGACAUGAUGCGGAUGCAGAGAUUUCUUCGGAGCGAAGCUCACCGUCAUUCCGUCUAGUUUCACCGUCCCCUGCACUACGUGUCAAGCAUGCGGGUAUCACGAGCGUUGGCGGAGAUUCCAGCUAUGACACCAGCAUUGCCUCUGGGCCGCCCCCAGGUAAAAGUGCGUUGGGAUCCGAUCUUGAAACGGAUCUUGAGUCUGAUGCAGAAGAAGGUGCUGUCCCCUCGUUUGUAUCGCGCAUGCGCAAGAAGCAGCCAUCUCCUCCGCGACUCUUUUUCUCGUCGGAUGACGACGCGGCAGAGCCGAACGAGGCACGCUUUUCGCCGCGUUCUGAUGAGCGCACGAAUCGAAUGCAUAGACUACGUGCACUAGCACAGCAGCGUGCCGCCCCCAGCUCACCCCCCGAAGCCGCCGAACAAGAAACGGCAGAGCCACCUCGUCCCUUGCAGGCAGCCGACAGCGACGUGUCAGAUAUUGAUGCGCCAGCACCAGCCAAACAACCGCGUGGACUCUCACUCAAAGAGCAGCGGGAAAUGCACAGCAUGUCGGCUCGCCUUCGUCGUGAAAAUCGCGCGACGUUACAGCGUCCUGAGCCUAAGCGGUACCAACUUUCAGAACUACUGCAUACCAUUGAGCACACGACAGCGUCCCCAGCACCACCUAAUGCCAUGCACAGCUCAGAUCCUGUCGAGUCAUCAUCCACACCUGACGCGCGGCACACGCAUACGUCGCCUUCUACGCAGGAUGAAGCGAGCAAGGCACGCUUGAAAAUGAAAUGGGCUUGGAUCGAGCGGCAAAAGGCAGCAGUCAUGCCCCAAAGCGAAGACGAUGAAAGCGAUCUUGAGGUGGUUUCGCUUGGCGUACACAAGCCAGCACGCAUUCAUUUCUACGGCUCUCCUCGUCGGGACGAGCGUCGUGAAGCUGCUGACGAGUCGCUAGCUCACCUUUCCGUGUUCCCACGCACACCGCGUCGGAAGCGCAUCGCCUCGAACGAAUACCGCUCGCCUAAUAUAAACGCUCCAGACUCGGAGACUGUUCCUGACGACCAAAUGGAUGCGGCCGCCCACACCUUUGGUCUCGCCGCGCAGCAACAGGCAGGCACUCUUCCAUCCAGCACGAGUCCACAUCGUGCUGCUACCGUCUUUCCACCGAUGCUGGGUUUAGAUGAACUCAACGCCACUGUGCUUCAGAAAGUGUACGCACAGAACGCCGAAACAACCGCCAAAAAGAGCCGUUCACAAGAGGCACCCGUGCAUGAAGAGCCAACACCUGCACCAGCCCAGGCCUACUUCCAAGCACUGUCACCGUCGCCCGCCCCAAGUCCCGCAUCCAGUCCAAGCGGAUCAGAGAAGGAAAACGUCCCCAUCUCGACACUCGAGCGCUCAACGCAGCGACACGCAUCCGCCGAGCCCACACCGCUCGCAGAGCUGCCCUUGCUGGACGUCCCGAACGUGUCAGACGACGAUCAUGAUCUCGGUGAGUUUUUCGCAUCCACACAACCGGCUGGUGCCCCGAUAGAGCGUACAGGCUCCGAUACGUCGGUCUUGGCCCAGUUUUUUGAACGCGGCACACAAGAGCCCCAACUCAGCGGCUCCCUCGACAUUUUCGCCAACGAGCGUCGUUCUGGACCCGUGGGAGGUAUGACACAGUUCUUUGCGGCUACGCCAUCGCUUUCCAAGAGCCAGGAAGCCAUGCCACCGCCGACCUCUAAAGCACGCUCAGGUGACGCGUUCGCGGCUCUGCGUCAUGCUGAACAUGAACAAGCCGCGGCACCAUUGUCACCAGAUAUGCUACCUUCUUUGGAUCCAUCCUUGGCAGAGCAUGGUGAAGAAAUAUGGCGAGAAGCACAACAAGCUCCAAAGAACAACGGCAUUUUGUACUUGAAUGAAGAUGGGUUCUUCACACAAACCAAGCCAGCGGACACGCACGACUCGGCUGAAAGCGAUCAGGAGCCAAGUGACACAGAGACGCGCGUCAAACAAUCUACUCGCAGACGGCCAGACUCUGCUUUUGUUUUCGGCGAGGCAGAAGAAUCAGACGAGGAGAGCGAGAAUGGGGAGCAUGGAGGCUUGGCUGGUGUUUUCAGUGAUAAGGAACAGGCAUCUGAUGACGAAGAAGGGUCGGAGGAUGAUGCCGACUUGUCGAGUUUGUUGGACGAUGAGAGUGAUCAGGAUGAAGAGACUAAAGAUCAUGCCGUGCACCAAAAGUACUUGCAGCAGCGCCAAGACGAUGAUGCGGCGAUACAAGCGUUGCAUGAACGCGCCACUAAGGGUCUGCUCCGCCACCGACGCCGUGGUCGUGGUGGUGAUGAAGGCCUGGCUGACCUGCUCGACGAGGAUGCUGACGAAGACGAAUUGCGUCGGCGUUUACAAGCUCCGCGUUUUGCAAAGAAGCGCCGCUGCGUGGAAGGCGACGGUAUGGAUGCUCUCGCUGCUCGGGAUGAUGCUCAGGCUUUUGUCAAGACGUACAAUGAGACCCACACAUCCAUGGAGGAUCAGAACAAGUACGAAUUUCUUCAUACGGCUGAUGAAAGCUCCGAGGAAGAGCGUGUAUCCGCCCAUACAGUGCGUGCACAACUGCUCCGUGAGCGUGAGCAGCUGCGCUCCCAAGGCGGAUCGGCACCUUUAGAGGAGAACGAAACCGACAGUAUUCCUCUCAAGUUGUCGUUUCGCCAGCCCAAGUCGGCCGCCAUCGAUCCCGUGGACUCGGAAGAUGAAGGCCGUGUGCUCUUUCACUCUGGCAAAAUCGACGAGGCAUCCCUUACUCAGCCCAUGCUGGAAAAACGCGCGCGUUUGUUGGAAGAGUACAGCCAUGAGCCACAGUGGCAGCAUACGCGAGGUGGACGCGGUCAACUCGACCGUCGAAGACGCAGCAGCUCAUCGAAAUACUCUAACUCUCAAAGUACGCCGCCAUCUCAUCACCUGUCAACGACAUCGUCUGCACCAUCCGUGCUUCAACACCAUCUUCUUCGACGUGAAGCUCGUUUCCCAUAG